GCGCCCCUGUGUCCAUCAAACGAACUAAAGUCUCUGGGAUCACUGAGAAAAAGAGUCAGUACAUAGAAUUUCUUUGCUUGGAUCAGUUGCCUUGUUCGAUUGUCGACGCCUAGUUAAAGUCUUUCGUAGAUGGAUAUCGAUAAGGAAGAAAACAGUAUCGAAGAGUUCCAAUCAGAGAUGCAAAACAACGUUGUUGAGAAACCAGAUUUUAUGGAUACAAGCUAUGAAGAAAAGGAUGAUGUUUUGUAUAACGAAGAUGUUGCUCCAAGUAUUGAAUCUAACACCGAUGAUCAUAACUGUCAUGACAAAGUGUUCGAUCAAAGUCAUUGCAGUGAAGCAAUGGAAGACAACGAACAACUUAUUAAUGCUACUAUUGAAGCAGUUAAUAGUUUGGAGAAUCAAGAACUUGAAUCUAAUGCUGAUGAUAUUGUAACUAAUGAUGAUUUAAGACAAUUCGAUGUGUUGGAUGAUCUUGAACGACACCCUGAUCAAAAUUGUUCCGAUAUGGACUCUGAUACUAAUGAAAGCAUGGAUUCAGAAGUUCCUGAUGAAGAAAUUGAAGCUAUGCUUGAAGAAGGUUUACCAGAAGAAUUUAAAGGGAAAAGGAAAGACAAAAAAGAUAGUAUGCCCUACGAAGAAAAAGAGAAACUUGUUUUAGAUGAAAUUGGACACAAUCAUUUCGAUGUCUUACCUGAAGGAUGGGUACAAGUAACUCAUAACAGUGGAAUGCCAUUGUAUUUACAUAAACAAAGUAGAGUUUGUACAUUAGCCAAACCAUAUUUUCUUGGUCCAGGAAGCGUAAGAAAACACGAAGUACCUGUUAGUGCUAUACCUUGUCUACAAUAUAGAAGAGCAUUACACGAAGAGGAAGAAGAAAAAAAGAAAGAGAAAGAUCGUGAACCUUCUGCAGAAGUUUGUAGUUUACCAAGUGCAAAAAUAGAAACCAUUCAAGAAAAUCGAGCAGCACAUUCAUUGGACAGCGAACAACUUAGAAAUUAUUGUCAAUCGUUGUUUCGUUUUAAAGCUAUCAAAGUUAUGAGAUUUCAGUCAUGGUCAGCUAGAAGAAAAUUUACAAAAAAUAAAAAACAUCGUAAACAAUUGGAACGUCCAACUUUACCAGAUGGUACUAAAUUGAUAACAUUUCCGGUAACAAGUUCAGGAAUGACUGGAAAUAGUGGUAACAUAACGGGAGAAGAUAGUGGUGCACAAAGACCAUCUAAACAUUGGAUAAUGAAUCCUUCUGGGAAAAGUUAUGUUUGUAUACUUCACGAAUAUGUGCAACAUGCGUUAAAGAAACAACCUACGUACAAAUUUAAAGAACUAGAAAAUGCAGCAACGCCAUAUUCCGCAGUAGUGUGUAUCAACGAAAUGGAAUAUGGAAGUGGUUUUGGUAGUAGUAAAAAACAAGCUAAAGCUAAUGCAGCUCGUAAAACUUUGGAAAUUUUGAUUCCUCAAAUGAGAGAUAAGAUUUCUGGUGAGAAUGGUGACAACGGUUCUGGUAAUUCUAGUCGUACAAUUAAAGCAUCAAGAGGUAAUUCUGAUGCUGAUUUAUCAUUUUUCGAUGAGAUUGCAAUAACGGAUCCAAGGGUCGCAGAAUUUUGUGCUAAAACAACUGAACCAUCUCCUCAUGCUAUAUUAAUUACUUGUCUUCAAAGAAAUUAUGGUUUAGGGGAUAUGCAUAUUAAUUAUUCCGUUAAUACGUUGAAACAUCAACGUAAUGAAUUUACCAUGCGUGUUGGUAAACAUGAGGCUACUGUUGUAUGUCGUAACAAGAAAGAUGGAAAACAAAGAGCUGCACAAGCAAUUUUAAAAUUAAUGCAUCCGCACAUUCAAUCAUGGGGCUCGUUGUUAAGAUUGUACGGUUCGCGUAGUGUUAAAUCAUUCAAAGAAAAGAAACAAUUGGAACAAGAGAUAACAUUGUUGCAAGGAAAAGCAGCUGUUAAUCAACCGAAUCAUGCAAUAUUAGGUAAACUUAGACAAGAAAUGCGUAAAUUAGCCGAACAACAUAAAGCCAUUCAACCUAUCGGUAAAUUUGUACCAUUAGAUUUGCCAACUGGAUCUUCGGCUAAUUUAAAUAACGUAGAUUUGUAACGUUGCUAGUCAAAUUUAGGAAAGAAAUCUUAACGGGAAAUUAAUUUUAGCAAAAAAAAAAAAAAAAGAAACGCGUAAAAGUUUUCUUCUUUUAACGCAUAUAUGUUGUUAAUACGUAUGUCAAACUUUUCUAUUAAAUAUUUUAAUCAAAAAACCGAUUGAUGAUGAUUUUAAUCGUUACGAUAUUACAA